AUGGAGGCUAUCCAUCGUGCGGGUCUUGAGAGCUGCGAUUCCCCCAAGAGGGCGUCUCAGAGCUCUUCCAUGCGGCCGUCGUGGGGUGCCACGAGGCUGAGCGCCUGGCACGGCGGUGCCGACAUCAUGAGCCACAUCUCCCAGUCCUUUAACUCUGGUCGGAACGAGAAAAACUGUUCCACGAUUUCUACCUCGGCUUGGAAUGCACCUCCGCGACUCACCGAGUCCCUCGUUCGUCUCUCUGGCUGCUCGCGGCGCUCAGGCCCAUGUGCGCACGUCGAGCCGGCCCACGCGACGAGCGAUGGCGUCCAUGACCUCCCAGCGCAUGACCCGUCCCUCGACGAACCGCCCGACAAGAGCUGGGCCACCAUCGCGGAGGAGGACGCGAAGGAGCAGCCCAACAGGGAUGUGGAGUGCAUUGACGCGUCCAGCGAGUGCAUCGACGCGUCUAAGGUGGACGUCAGGAGGACGUCUUCCCUCAGGUGCAGGCUUCCGAUCGCCGGCCCUCUUGCAGGGAAGAUGUCGUCGGACGGCUCGCGUGCGUCGGCGGGGAAGGUCUGCUCGGACGCCUCGCGGGCCUCGCACACCGAGUCCGAGGCGAGCCUGCCCGUGCGCCGCAUGACGAGCACGAAGAGCGACGCCACCGACAACAGCUUGCCGUGGCUGAGCUGCGAGAGCAUCCGCGGUGCCCCGGCGCGGCUCUCGUCGAAGGUCACGGGCACCUCGUCGCUGCCCCUGCCCGGCAGCGCCCAGCUGGCGCGCCACGACACGGACACCUCGGGCCGCUUGCGGCCCCGCAGCAGCAUGGCUCCCAGCUGGGCGUCGGAAGUGUCCAAGGUGAACUCGCUGCUCCGGGGCAGGACCGAGGACGUCGCGCGGGCGGCGAGCCUCAGCGAGGGCAGUACCCUCCUGGACGACGAGGUGAACCUGCCUCGUCUCAUGCUUGCGGCCGACAGCCGGGUACACGUCGCGCUGGCCACAUUGAUGAUCAUUGCCAUCGUCUACACCGGGCUGCUGAGCCCGAUCGUCCUUGCGUACUUCCACGGCGGUGGGAUGUCUCCGGUUGUGUCGGUUCCGAUGCACGUCGCGGACGCCUUGUGGCUCGUUUUCGUGGUGACCGUCUUUCGCAGCGCAAUCUACGACAAGGGGGGGUCCGUGAUCGUGGACGCUUGGCAAAUAGCGGCGCAUUACUCGCGCACCUGGCUGCUCUUGGACUUGCUCUGCGCAUGGCCAGCCUGCCUCGUCCCCGAUGUCAGGGCAGCUUUCACCACGUGCAUGCUCCUUAAGUUGCUGCGGACGCCGAGGUUGGCACCGUUGAUAUCGAUGGUCCAGAAGCAGCACCAGGUUCAUGUUCUGUCGCCUCUGAAGUGGGGCCUCAUGCUCCUGCUGAUGACGCACAGCAUGACGUGCUUCUGGCGUCUGGUGCAGUGCGACAUCGACUCGCCAAUCACGUCAGGGGCUGGCCAAGGCAGUCCAGAUCUUUAUUGCGAUGGCGACCACUUGUGGCACAUGUACGUGAGCGAUCUGUACUGGGUGACUAUGACCCUGAGCACCGUGGGCUACGGCGACAUCCACCCGUACAACACCAUCGCGAGGGUGUUCGCCAUUUUCGUGAUGUUCCUCUCCCCCAUCUUCUUCGGGAGCGUGGUUGCAGCGCUCACCAAUGUUCUGGGGAGGAUCUUCGACGAGAAGCUGGAGAGCUCCGUGUCCGCCAUGUCGCGGUUCAUGGUGCGCCACCGCGUGCCGCUGGGCUUGCAGCGCCGGGUGGAGCGCAGCCUGCGCCAGGUGCUCAGCAGCGAGGACAGCGUCUCACCGCUGGACCCCGAGCUCUUCGUCCGCCUCUCGCCGGCGCUCCAGCGCACGUUCUCCUUCGCGAUCCUGAACGGCACAAUCGGCCGCUUCCCACUCUUCACUGGGGCUAUACACUCCUUCGUGGCAGAGAUGGCCCAAGCUCACCUGCUCGUGAACUGCUCCGCUGGCGACCUGGUGGGAGAGGCCGGGCAGCUUGUCCAGGACCUCGCCUUCGUCGUCAACGGGUCGGUGGUGGCCCGCUUCAGCGUCUCCUGGCCGGACAAGUUGGACGUGCCCGUAGAGGAAAUGGCCAAGGCCAGGGAGCGGUCUUCGCUUUCGACGACGGCUCGACUUGGGACCUCGCACUCGAGGACCCUGUGGACCCUCGCCAGCGGCUCCUCCGGGGACCUCGGCACCGCCCGCUCCGCCGGCAGCUCCUCCGGCGACGCCGCGCCCGCGCUGGCCACGGGCAGCACCGCCGGCGGGAGGAGGAUCAUGGGCAGGGGGGCCUGGUUCGGCGAGUCCUGCGUCGUGAGCAGGCAGCACGUGCGCACCGCGAGCCUCAUCGCGCAGGAGUUCUCGGAGCUGGCGGUGCUGAACUGGGAGGCGUUCGCCCGAGUCCUGCGGAAGUACCCCGCGAUGGUGACGAGGCACGAGCUGCUUCUGAAGGAGAUGGACACGGGCACCAUCGGCCUCGCGGACAUCUCGUGGACGGGGCCACCCCGCCGUCACAACAUUCGCCCUGGUCGGGUCGCACCUGCGGGUUGCAGGGACUGA